UUCUGCUUUUCAUAUUUUUGUUUUUUUAAUUCGGUAUUCCCAUUUUCUCUUUCGUCUUCGUCCACUGUUUUUCCGAACAGUCUCUGCAGUCCGCACUCUCACCGAAGCUGAACCGCUAAAGAGAGAGAAAGAGAAACACAGCGAACCCUAAGUAAGAGGCUACAUUCCCAAUAUGGAAACGUUGGCGCAUUCUCGGCAACCAAACAAGCCUGCCGUUCCUCUCUCCGGCAAGAUCAACGCCGGAGGAUUCUCCGGGAAGACCUUAUACGACGACAUCUACGGCGGUCCUCCUCCCAAGCUCGUCGCUUCGGGCCUAUCCCCUCGCUUUGAAGACUACAGCGAGAUUUUUGGAAGCUUCCACGCACCACGCGCCUCUUCCAUCCCCGUGCUGGAUCUUCCGGCGGUCGACGAGGCCGACGCCUUCUUUGAUCCCCGGAGCUCUGCUUUCAGCUACACCGAAGUUUUCGGAGCCCUUGAUUUUGCGGCUUCCUUCGAGGACUUGUUUCACCAACCAAAUGGCUUCGACGGCGUUUCUUCUGACGAAGCAUGGACUCCUGAAGACACUGACUCAUUCUCUGGAGAGUCAGACCAUUUCGCAAAUAACCAAACCAUGCCAAAUAGAGAUUAUUUCCAGUCUGUUGAUGGUGAUACAGAGUUCAACAUUUCGUAUCAUAACGCCAAUGGUGCAAGCACUGAACAUAGAUCAAAGGGCAAAAGCCACAUGACUCAGAUGCAUGAAAUUCCUGGUUCCACUCUAGUAUAUGAUGAAACCAUAAUGUUUCAUAAGAAUGAUCCAUCAUUUGGUGCAGACAAGGUGAAGGCUAACCAUCCCAGGAAAACGUCACGUCCACGUAAUUUUACUUCUAGGGAACGGGCUUUUCUUAGUGAUGUAAAUCUUCACAAUGAUUCUCAUUCCGCCGAGAUGUUCAUAACUGUAUCCGAUAUCAGCCUCAGAAGUAUGCCAUCUCAGGUGCCACCACCCUCUCGUCCACCUCCUAUACUAGAUGCCAAAAAUAGGGACCCUUAUGGAUUUCAUCCAAAUAGUAGGCAGGUUGCUUCUGAAGAGACACGGCGUGACACUUCACCACCUUUAUUUGAUGUGGAGGUUGAUACAAAUGCAUCUGCUGCUGCUACAAAAGAAGCAACGCAAAAAGGUGAAGCAAGACUCCAGAGUGCCAAAGAAAUGAAAGAGAGAAAGAAGGGGGCUCAUGAUAGCCGUGUAGAAUCAAGUUAUGAUGUAAAAGAUAGUGAAAGGAAGACUAGAUCAAAUUGUUUCAAUGAUGGGACAUUGCAGGAGACUUGUGAUAGGAGAACUUCCAAAUUGAGAUUUUCUGCUUCAGAUGAAAGACAGAAAGGAGGGAAGGCCGCCCCCGAAACUCCAGAUACAAUGGAAGGGAAAAGAAUUUUAAACAUGUUCACUGAAGAGCAUCCAAAUGAAUCCCGGUCAUCUCAGGAAUCAGAUAGAAGUAAUGGAGAUGUUACAUGGAAAGAAGAAACGGAGUUUUUUGAAUUGGUCGGAACAGAUGAAUCUCGAAAGAGAACUCAGCCAACAAAGCCUACUAAAAUUUUGGUGCAAGAUACCAGAAUCCAUGGCAAUAGCCACAAGGGAAUAGUGGCAGCACCUGGUAUGCAAGAAGGGUAUAAGAAAGUAAUAGCAACUGAGGAAUAUUAUCAAGAGGAGGAAUACGAGCAGAAAUUUAAUGCUGCAAAAGAGGUGGAUCAAACCAACAAGAACAUUCUGGGACCUAAAGCAUCUAAUGAGGAGUACAACCAAAACAAACAGGUGAAGAAGGGAAAGGUCACCGAGAUAUUUGAGCAGGAAGAGAAUGAGAAGGGUGUAAGAGUGGCACCCCAGAAUGGAAAAACUGAGAAGAAUGCAACUGAAGCGGACCAAUCAGGAAGCUUAAAAGAUGUGCCUAAGAUGCGAGACAAAGUGCAAAAACAAUUGCACAUUAAGAAAUUGGAAGUGGUUGAUAGACAAACAUCAAGUGAAGUCCAGUUGGGGGAGAGGCUCGAGGAAAAUAAGAAGAAACUGAAAGAGGCUGAAAAGCAAAGUCAGAGUGUGAAAACGCAGAAGCAGCCUGACAAAAUCAAAGAAAAUGGAAAAAGACAAAGAGAAGCUUUAGUUUUUGGACAAGCAGGGGAUAAGGAAAAACUGAAAGAUUCUGUGGAGCUAGAAGAGAAUGAAGAGCAACUUAAAGAAGAAUUUGAAAUGGAGGUUAAUGAGAUAAGACUGCAAGAGGAUUUUAAGCAGAGGGAAAAGCAAGCAUAUGAAAGAGAUCUAAACAAAAGGGAACAUAAUGAGGCUUUUGAUGGGUAUGGAGACAGGAAUACACAAGCUGGUGACAAUGAAGGAACCCAGAAUGUUCUGCAUCAAGCUCCAAGAGAAGAAUGGAAUGCUGACAUGUUGAACGAGGCUCUAAGGAAAAAUGAAUUUGAAAGCUCAUCAACCCAGACAUUUGAUGGGGAAGGAAGUUCAAUUGUAUCAAAUGAGGAGGGUAAUCACACAGAUCGUUUUGAGAAUAUGGGCAACGAUGUUAGUGGAAUGGGAGAGGAUAACAACUCUGGCAGCAAAGAUUUGGAUCAAAUGCAGGGUAUUGAAGUAAAGGGCAACAUGAAGAUUGCUAAAGCAACUGAUGAGACAUUAGAAGAAGAGAUUGGCAAAAACCUUUUAGCUGCUCAGUCAGCUUCCAUCCGAUUAGAAAAUAUUGGAAAACUGAAGGUAUCUCAAGAACCUGUUGCUGAUAAAGAAAUUGGAAAAACAAGAUCUGAAUGCAAAGGUCAAGAGACUAAACUGGAAGAUCUAAGGGUGGAAAAUCAAGCGGCAAAUAAAAAAGUCAGAGUGCCUGAAAUAAUCCUAGGUGAUAAACAGGAUUUGCGGCCCACAUCAGGAAAGGUGGAUGAUGGCAUGAUGAAGGCUGAUUAUGGAAGGAAUACAGCAGCUAAAGGUGGCACAAUGCUGGAAGCUGUAAAUGUCCAGGGAACUGCUCAAUCUACAGAGAUAAAAGAAAAAAGUCUCAAUGAAACUUCUGCCACUGUACCAAAGGAUGCUGAAAGAAUGAGAAGAGAAAGAGAGUCAGAAAAAGACCGUCUUAGAAAGAUAGAAGAGGAGCAGGACAGGGAAAGGGAAAGGGAAAGGGAAAGAAGGGAAAGAUGAGGGAGGGGGAGUGUUGAUAGAGCAACUUUCGAGGCUCGUGACAGGGCAUAUGCUGAAGCUUGUGAGAGAGCAGAAAGGGCUGCAUUUGAGAGAGCAACUGCGGAAGCUCGACAAAGGGCAUUGGCUGAGGCCAGGGAAAGACUUGAGAAGGCAUGUGCUGAGGCCAGGGAUUGGUCAUACGCUGAUAAGGUAGCUACCGAGGCUAGAUUGAAAGCAGAACGGGCUGCUGUUGAACGAGCAACUGCAGAAGCUCAGGAGCGUGCCAAGGAGAAAUUAAAAGUUGAGAGGGCUGCAUUUGAGUCCAGAGAACGGUUACAAAGAUCUGUAUCAGACCAAUAUGCUGCUUCUUCGAGAAAUUGUGGAACACAAGUCUGUUCACCCUCUGAUACUCAGUUUCAAAACUUCAGCUCAUCUGCAGGUUCCAGACAUCCAUAUUCUCUUUAUGGUGCUUCCUCCUUUUCCGAGAGAUCUGAAGUAGAAGGUGAAUCAGCCCGGAGAUGUAGAUCUAGACUGGAGAGACACCGCCGAACAGCUGAGCGUGCAGCAAAAGCUUUGGCAGAAAAGAACAUGCGUGACCAUCUGGCUCAGAAGGAGCAAGCUGAAAGACAUAGACUAGCUGAGACUCUGGAUGCUGAAGUAAAGAGGUGGUCAAGUGGAAAAGAAGGGAACUUGCGUGCAUUACUUUCUACCUUGCAAUAUAUCCUUGGACCUGACUCUGGGUGGCAGCCAAUCCCAUUGACGGAGGUCAUUACUUCCGCAGCUGUAAAAAAAGCUUAUAGGAAGGCUACCCUUUGUGUUCAUCCUGACAAAUUACAGCAACGUGGAGCAAGUGUUCAACACAAAUACAUAUGUGAAAAGGUCUUUGAUCUUUUGAAGGUAUGUCCAUGUGUGAAUACCUAUCCUCUUUAA